AUGCGAUGGAACUUGCUGUUCUUUGGCCUGAUCCAAAGGUUUUUGAUUUUCGACUUCAUCAUCAUCCCCCUUCCCUUGUGGAUUGACAUCUUUUGUCCCAUCUUUGCGGCUGUCUAUGGACUCUUUGUGGGUUGGCUUGGCGCAUUCCUUUUGACGGUGUGUGCCUGGCGCUCGCUUCAAGCCAACUACCUCAUGAACAGGGUGGUGGAUGACACUUGGGAGGACAAAAUCCCUCGAAACACAGAAGAGGAGCGACGUUUGGCAGACAACUUGCAGCACUUGGUGAUGAUGUGCGGCUAUAAAGAGCCCAUGGAAGUGAUUUGCCAGUCAAUCGACUCCUUGGCAGCACAAAGUACUGCCCACCGGCUCAUCGUGGUGAUUGGCCUCGAGGAAGGUACGCCCGAUGUGGCUGAGAAGGCUGCCCGGUUGAAGGAGCGCUAUGCAAGGUCCUUCAAGCGCCGCGAGAUCCGAGGAAAGUGCUCCAAUGCCAACUACACCAUGCGUGCAGCAGUCACACGCUUGGAGGAGUAUGGCGAUCUGGAUUUGAGUUGCACCACAGCCACCAGUUGCGAUACGGACUCCAUCUUCGCUCCACGCUAUUUUGAGAACCUUGGCUAUCAGUUCCUCACUUCCAAGAAGGCAAAAGAGGUUGUGUGGCAAGCACCGCUCUACUACAAUCACUACUUGAAUGAUCGCCCCUUCUAUGUCCGUGCCAUUGGCAUCAUGCGUGCCGCCUACAUGCUUGGCUUCUUGAUCCCUUUCAACAUCAACACGAUGUCGAUCUUCAGCUUCUCUUUGGACCUUUGUAUUAAAGGUGAGUUCUUCCAUGCGCACUACCAGAUGGAUGACAUCAUCUAUACUCUCACAUGUAUGCAAGCCUUGCAGAAGCGUGUUGAAAUCUUGAUGAUCCCCAUGCCGGUGAUCUCUGGACCGACCUCUGGCACCACGCAAUGUGAGGAGUUCAGUGAGUGGUUCCGUCAAUCCGAGCGAUGGACGAUCGGUGCCUGCGAGGUGUUCCACUACUUUGUGGUGAAGCGACGCCGCUACAACUGCUCGGCUGCGAUGUCCUACGGCACCUGGUUCGUGAUCUACUAUGGUUUCAUUUUGUGCUCCUUGACCCUGACAGGACUUGCAGGUUUCAUCAACUAUGCCCUGGUGAAUGCAAAGCGCAGCACGAUCGAUGACAUGGCAGCACAUACAGGACAGUACCCAUUGUCCGAUGCAGAAAACACCGGAGUGAUGAUUGCAGGCUUUUCAAGCCUUGCAUGGACCUACAUCAUUUUCAUGAUCUUCUUCUACCUGGACAAAGAAGGAUGCAAGCUGAUCUACCACUUGAAGAUGAAGCCACAAGGUGCUGAGGACACCACCUUCUGCCAGAACUUCAAGGAUUGGAUCUUGAUGUGGCCAAGCCUGGUGAUGUACUCUUGUGUAAGCUACUGGGCGAUCCUGAAAGUCGCCUUCUAUGGGAAACGGGUCUGUGGACAUGAUCCAUCCAGCAAGGAAGGUCUGAAAGCGGGCCAAGCUAUGGGUGAAGUCUUGGCUUCUGAGACCUCCACCAGUGCCGAGGUCUCCACCUCUGUUUGCCCAGGCGGUGAUACAUCAGAGGAUGACCGUGCAUGA